AUGCAACGGGGGACAUAUGGGCAGUCACCCCCGUUGCACCAUCCCGUUCCGCAACAUGUUUCUACAGUCCCCCAGCUCAGAUCACCACCUCCGCCGCCUGGUUCUGCGCAAUCAAUGGGACAAGCAUAUGGCGGAGGAGGUACACCAUACCAGCAACAGGGCGGUAGCAGCGGCAACGUCUUUGGCGCCUACGGACAGUUCAUGAACGACCCGACAGCACAGGUCGCUGCGCAAUUUGGUCAAACUGCUUUUAAGCAUGGCCAGGAAUACGUCGAGCAGAAUAUUGGUCGAUAUGUCAACGUCUCUGCGUUGAAACACUACUUCAACGUCUCCAACUCCUAUGUCGUCAACAAACUAUUCCUCGUCCUAUUUCCCUGGAGGCAUAAACCUUGGUCGCGCAAGCAAGCUGUUGGCGCGAACGGACAAGAGGGCUGGUACUUGGCUCCUCGCGAGGAUGUCAACAGCCCCGACAUGUACAUUCCAGUCAUGGCCCUCGUCACAUAUAUUCUCCUCUCAACUCUGAUUGCCGGUCUCAAGGGCCAGUUCAAACCCGAGUUGCUAGGAUAUACCGCCACCACUGGCAUGGUCGUAGUGAUUGUCGAGAUUGUCGCCCUGAAACUGGGAUGCUAUCUGUUGAGCAUUUCAAGCCAGUCUCAACUACUCGAUCUCAUCGCCUACUCUGGCUACAAAUUCGUCGGCAUCAUUGUCACUAUUGUGGUGGCUGAGAUUCUCAACGGCGGCAAAGGAACCGGUGGUUGGAUUGGCUGGGCCGUGUUUCUCUACACCUUCUUGGCUAAUUCGUUGUUCUUGAUGCGAUCGUUACGAUACGUCCUUCUCCCCGAGACGUCUAGCAACACUGGCGGUCCAAUGCAGACAGACUCACGUGCAAAGCGCAACCAGCGCACGCAGUUUCUCUUUUUCUACUCGUACAUUGUUCAGCUCUUCUUCAUGUGGCUACUCACAAUGGGAAUUUAA